AUGUCUGCGCGACCAACAACACCAAUGUCUCCCAAGACCGCUAAGCUCAAGUCGCCAGUUCCAGGCACACCGGUCUUUGGCUGUGAGCAUGUUCAAAAACUGUUCUCCCAGUCACAGGAUGUCAUGAACUCAUCCGUGUUUCACUACAAGAUGAUACUGAAGAACAUCUUUGAGGGAACUCCAAUUGUACCUCAGACGUCUAAGAAUCCUGAUGGACAAGCGAUUACUUCCCUCACAUCCAACUACCUCUGUCUGCAGUGCUCAACCAUUGUCACCGAGGACGAUCGUCUCAAGCACGGCACAAAGAAGCAGCACCGCUUCUUAUGGGACCCCACUCUUGAGGAACUGCGUGUGCGCAAGAUGGGCACAGGAACCUUUUCAAACCGCAAGAGAAAGCAUGAUGAGAUGUUCUCCGACAGCAUCAAGGACAACCCCCUAUACAUCUCCACCAACACGACAACCGCCUCCUGCAAGGCUAAUGGCCUGCGUGGCAUAUAUAACGCUGGUGCUACUUGCUAUCAGAACGUCGUGCUGCAGAGCUUCCUUCACAACCCCAUGCUGCGGAACUUCUACCUGAGUGAUGGACACCAGAGCAACGAUUGCCAAUUGACAAACUGCCUGAGCUGUGCCAUGGACGAUAUGUUCCAGGACUUUUAUGCAGUUGAGAAUACCAACGGCUUUACAGCGGCUAGUAUCCUGUCUGGAUUCUGGAUCUCGGAGAAAAAGGCUUUCGAAAACCUUGUAACCACCAAGGAACAGGACGCGCACGAGUUCUUUCAGUUCCUAGCCGAGGAGCUACAUGAACGCAAUGGGGAUGGGAAGAAGCCGGAGACGGGUAGCGAGCAUACCUGCAACUGUAUCAUUCACCAGACAUUCUACGGCAAGCUUCAAAGCUCCACGACGUGCCAAAACUGCGGCGGUGUCACGAACGCCGUGCAAUCUUUCCUCGAUCUCAGCUUGGGACUCGAAAACCUUGCUCAUAAGAGGAAAAAGGGCGGCCAGAAAAUCCCGAGCCUGACACUUCAAGAAUGUCUGGACGAGGAGUACGUCAAGUACGACAAGUGCGAGUACCGCUGCCACAAUUGCAACGGCAUGCAGCAAGCACGAAGAAAUACCAGUAUUAAGCGUCUGCCCAACGUGCUUGCCAUUCAGCUGAAGCGCUUCGAGUACAAGCAAGGUCGCCACGACAGGGCGCCGUCAAAGAUUGACACCGUCGUCAACUUUCCACUGCAGCUCAAUAUGCUGCCAUACACGAGCCGAGGCAGAGGAACGGAAGCCAAGGAUGCGCACGAGCUGGGCAGAUCCUGCACAUACGACCUACUCAGUGUUGUCGUCCAUGUCGGCGAAAUCGACACCGGCCAUUACGUGUCCUACUGUCGAGUGGGCGACCAGUGGUUCAAGUUCAACGACCACAAGGUCGAAAUGGCGUCGAAGUCGGAUGUGCUUAGUGCCCAACCCUAUCUACUCUUCUACAUAAUCCGCUCCCUCUCGUAA